AUUUACGGCCUGAUAAUUGGUUUUUUUCGAGCUCUCUUUUUGUUUUGAUUCGUCGCCGUCGCUGAAAUCGAAAUCUGAAUAGAGCUGGGAUGUGGAAGUAAGAAAUGAACCAAUUUAUUUCAAUUUCGCACUUGGACGGGUGACGUUGUGUCAGCGGCGGCUUCCCAAUAUCCGAUCUUUCGCAAUGCGGCACCUAGAACUCUUUGCCCUGCUGAUCUGCAUCCUGCGGCUGAGUGGGGAUCGCGGAGCCUCCGCCUGCCACUGCAUCCGCCUGGGCAAAUGUGCGCCCUUUGCCCGCCUCCUGCUGCAUCACGGUCCCGGCGAGCAGUCCGCCGUGUUUGCCAAAGUCCACGCGGCCAGUUGUGGCUUCCAAGGUCUCGAGCCGCUCGUCUGCUGUCCCACCUCCCGCAAGCAGCACCGCGAUGAGUCAUCCUCGGCCAAGGCAAGUCGCAAGAUGCGUUUUGCUCCGCCCCAAGAUCGUUGGAUUUGGGAUGAUGGCGGUGAUAGCAAGGGCGCAAGUCGGCACUCGGACUUUCUGUUGGCGGAGACCCAUGUGCACGACUACUGGAACUUCGAGGAGCAACGCAACUGCCCGCAGCCUGUGGAGCCAGAGUUCUUCGACCGGCGAUUCGGUGGCGGCCACCACUUUCACUAUCAUGUGGAGCAUGAGGAACAGGAUGCUACUUCACCUCGACCCGCUCCCAAGGAUAAGCCGAUUAUCUUUCCCGGAGACCUACGCUUCCUGCGGCAGGGAGAGCAGGAUGAUCCUAACUUCAGUUUAGAGGAAGGUCCUCCACUGGCACCUUUUACCACAAGUACACCUACUCCAUUGGUCACUGCUUCUCUGACCACAUCAAUACCACCUCUUGUGAUACGAGAUGACCCACAAGAAUUUGGAAUAAGUGUGGAGAGCAGACUGCUGGGAGGAGAACAGGCCACUAAUGGACAAUACCCCUGGCUGGCCAGGAUCGCCUAUCGCAACCGAAGCAGCAGCAGGAUUAGCUUUCGCUGCUCGGGAUCCCUCAUCUCCAGCAACCACAUCGUGACUGCCGCCCAUUGUGUGGUCAACCUAGUCAGCGACUUGGAACUGUCCCAUAUACGAUUGGGUAAUGACGGUGGAUCAAACACCUUUGCCAUCGAGAGGGUUAUGGUGCAUCCUAGCUACGAUCAGCCGAGAUACUCAAACGAUAUUGCCCUUCUAAGAAUCAAUAGCACUAAUGGACUCUUCACACCCAUAUGCUUACCCUUGAACGGGUCUACUACCCUCGGAAUGAGGUUGAUAGGACAAACGGGAGUUGCUGCCGGUUGGAGUACAGGAAAUCCGGAAAACAAUGGCCCAAUAAACUCUUCCAACUCCUCCUCCGGUGUGCGCUUCAUCCGUUUACCUAUAGUAAACACCACCACCUGCGCCAUCGCAUAUGCUAGUCUCAGCGAGAACUUCCAGCAGCCCAUUGUGAUCACACCGAGUCAUCUGUGCGCCCAGGGAAUGCCCAUGAAUGACGUGUGCCGCGGCGAUAGCGGUGGCCCCUUCAUGGACGACGGAACCUCCGGUUUGCUAGGGACACGUGGACGCCACACGCUCAUCGGCAUCGUGGCCUUUGGACCCACGCUGUGCGGCGUGACCACCAUUCCGGGGGUCUACACCCUGGUCAGUAGCUUCUCCGAUUGGAUUCUGCAAAGCAUUAACGGAGAGACGGACCAGUGAGCGGUCAUCUUAGCCCAAGUAGCUCACCCAAAGCUUUCAAUACCAAAGUCUUCAGAGUGCAUCCAAAUAGAAAAACAUUAAUCAUACUUUUUAUGGACCAAUGAAACAGUUCUGCUUCCUAUUCAAAAUACCGCAAUGCCAAUAAAAUUUACAUUCAUAACAUUC